AUGAAAUUAGAUGAUUUUAAUGAAAUUAAUGAAAUGAAAUUUAAUGCACUUCAAAAUCUUGACACGUGGAAAAAAGAAAUGGCAGAAUUUAUUACAAAAGUUCAUGAUGAAAGUGUAGAAAAAAUUAAUCAAUCGUACAAUGGUUACACUAUACAAAUUGAGCAAUUGAAACAGACGGAUAUGAAUGAGUUGGAAAUGAAAAUAAAUACGUGUCAAAAACGUAAAACGGUUCAUCCAAAUGAUGUAAAAAAUAUUGAAGAUGCAUUACAGAAUUUGACGUACUAA